ACUGUAGUCACGAAGAACGAAUACUAAGCCUUUUUGGAUAAAAAUGGCAAGUUAUGAAGACUUAAAAGGCCAAUUUACAUUGAAAAUGAAGACAGGAAAGCUUAAGAAAACAUUUGGUAGAGCAAAAUUGUUUGAAAUACGCCGCAUUGUACGCAGAAUCAAGCAACUUUCUCUCAAGAAAGGCACAGCACAACAACUCGACAAGAACAAGAGAAAGAUUGACCGGCUUGAAAAACAACUUGAAUUUCUAAAAGACACAAACUUUGAAGCAUUCAAGACCUCGUUAGAUACAGAGGAUGAAUUAAAAGACAGCAAUAUGGCUACUGAAGGGGACAGUGACGUGAAGUCUUUGGUCAUGUCGAAAUUGCUAGAAAUUAUUCGAAAAUCGGAAAAGUCCCAUCAACUCGAAAUCAAACAAAAAAACACAAGAAAAUCACCUGAUCCUUAUAAAGAAAACGAUGCUCAAGUUGCGAUUUUACAAGAUGAUUCACAAUUAAUUGAAAACAAGGAGAUAGAGCUGAAAAAUGAAUUUUUCGAUACAAAUUCCCAAGAUCUUGGUAUAGAAAAUUCAAACAGCGAUUCAGAAUCA